AGUUUCUCCGUUAGGGAAAAAAAAAUUGGCCGCACCGGACGAGAUGUCGAAAUCAACGGAGCAAACCCUAGACGACGAACUUAGACCGUCCAGUCGGAGCCAUAAAAAUCAGCUCCUUGAAGAGCAACAACAGACUCAAGAAUGGGAGACCCUGGCUCGAGCCUGGGUGAGAUCUUUUCCAGAAUCAAAAGCAGUGACCGUGAGCCAAGUCGAAGUCUGGAUCGACUCCAACUUCGGCUCGUUACCAGCCGAUCUCCAAUCCAUGCCACGAUCUGAGCUCAUCAAAAGACUCCUUUCAAUCCAUAAUUACCUCAGAUUUCCCUCCCAGACCCAGGACAGAGAACCAAGUCAGCAUGAACUUCCGCCGGCUCGGUUUCAGCGCACCGAUCAGUGGAUACCAGUCUAUUCUUGGUUAGAAUCUUUGGAUACCGAUGAACCGGUCAAAUCUAAAGACAUUUCGGAUUGGUUAAACAAUAACCAACAAGUCAAGGACCAUUUGUGCUCUAGACAUUCUCGGUAUCAUUUGAUGCACUAUAUAAAAAAGUGCCAUUUAAAGAUAUUAAAGAGGAGGGAAAAGAAGGUUGUAUCGCAGCCGUUGAAUAAAGAAAGCGUUUUGAAAGUUCGGAAGGAUGUAAUGGCAAAAAAACCAGCACCAGUUCCAAGCAAUCCUUUGAACAAUUUACCUAAAGAUAGUGACCUCUACAUAGCAAAACGGAAUGAAGCUAGGCGUAAAUAUGAGAUCUUACUAGAGUUGGAGAAAAAGCUUGCACCUGUGUUUUCAAGGAAGAAAUGAACCCGGAUACAGCUACUCCAUGCUGUACUGAUAACCUUUUCUUCUACAGCAUUAGGUAUAGAUUUUGCUUGUGAUUUAUUAGACUAUGGUGAUUUUAAUUCAUGCAUUUUAUGUGCAAAUAUUACUGCUUAGGAAUAUUAUGCAAUGAUCUCUGUUCCGCAAUUGUUUCGAGAUUUACUUCAUUGUUCGCCAUUGUUCUACCUUUCAUGCUCCAUCACUGAUUCUGGCUCGAUUUAACAAUGGCUGCUAAUGCAUCUGGCAAACGGAAAUCACUUUUGAGUGGCUGGAUUACCUA